GACUUGUACGUUAGACGUACAUUCAGGACAGGGAGAAUGAGGGAGUUCCAGAUUUCAGGGGUGUCAUAUCUGAAGGCUCAGCCUCCGAUGGCAGCGAUGAAGACACGCACAUAUCCACAAGCACAGGGACGAACACAGGAGUGUGGUAGGAGCAAAUAGGAGAUGGGCAAGUGCUAGGGUGGGAAGGGAUUUCUAGGUGAGGAUGAGGACCCAGGAGCCGGUGGCAUCCUGCAGGGACUGGGCCGGCAGACUUUGGUGCGGAUGAGGUUUACGGCUUCACGUUCGUAGACACUCUGAGUUGAGCGCCUUGUAUUGGCUGGAGAUGAUGCCUGGACAAAUCCCCGAACCCUGUGUGACGGCAGGGUCACUGCCAGUUGUAGGAAUGCUGACUGGAAUCCCCAUGGACACACUGACAGCGGAGGACCUGACAUUUGCAGACUUGCGGCAUGUGGGAGGCAUUCUCUCGCCCUUGCACUUCCUUGGCAUGAAGCUGGGAAAGAGGCAGCACACAGUGAGGAGUGAGACGGAUCAGGAGGAUGUGGAGCGGAGGAGGAGAAGACGGGAGAAAAACAAAGUGGCAGCAGCUCGAUGUCGGAAUAAGAAGAAGGAACGUACCGAGUUCCUGCAGAAGGAGUCGGAGAGGCUGGAGCUGAUGAAUUCUGAGCUGAAAGCACAGAUUGAGGAGCUGAAACAGGAGCGACAGCAGCUUAUUCACUUACUCAACCGACACCGACCAACCUGCAUAGUGCGGACAGACAGCGUCCAGAGUCCAGAGACUGAGAACAAUCCCCUGGUGGAGGCACUGAACAAAUGAGGGAGCGGCACGAGCUGAUUAACAGCAGCUUGUGGCUAAACAGACUAUCUUCACAUCUCCAACUUGGAGCUGACAAUGUUGUGUCCCAGCUAAAUACUGCAGCUUGGACUGUAGUGGAAGCAACAUGUUGGUUUAUAUCUGCCGUCACAUUGACCACAAGUAUUGGAUUCAGGUCACCAAAGUACUGACAGUCUGAGUUCCAUCGUGGUCAACCUGCUCUGUCUAUCUUGUGCUCUCAUCUGCUGCUGGCAUCCAGUGGUGGAGAACAGCAAGGCCGAGGGCUGAGCGGCACUGCCACCUGCUGGUGCACAUUCAGACUUUGCUGCAUUUCUCUUGGAGAGCUCCCAGGGAUUGACUGCCUCCGACAAAUCCCACGGCUUCUAACAUCACCCAGACUGCUCUGUGGGGUUCAUGUUGACCUAACUCACCCUCGAAACUCUCAGCAAUCCAACCUUCCUGGUUGCUGACUCCAACAUUUGGAGCCUGUGUGGAAUUUCGGCGUUCUGGUUCAAUCCUCAACUCUCCUUUUAAGCCUUUCAUCUGGAGUCUGAGCGAGUGCAUUUUCCUCCAUUGCCGCAACAUUGCCACUGCCAACACUACCUCACCCCCAAUGCAACCAAAACCUUCAGCCCCUCCUCUGGCUCUUCCAGAAUCGACGUUUCCAAUGCCCCCUCACUGACCUCCCGUCUCCACAAACUCCUGAACUAUCCUGAACUCCACAGCCCACAUCUUUUCCCGCACCAAACUCCACAAUCCAUCACCACCAGCCGGUUCCAUUGGCUCCUGCCUAGUCAGUGGAUCAAUUUUGACUUUCCCUUCAAAUGCCUCUCUGGCCUUGCUCUACUUUAUUUACCGUUGCAAACCCUAGGAGAGAGCCCACUUUGGAAUUCUUUCCAAAAUCUCUCCGCCUCCCUCUCUCCCGGCUUUGAAAACCUGUCUGCAGACCAGUCUCUGGCUUAGCCUUUGCACCUUUCCCCUCCUGACCCUGUCUCCCUCCCAGCUUGGCUCCUACUCCAUCUUUGCAAAGUGCAUUGAGAUAGUCUUGCUAUGUGAAAGGCGCUCUAAAGUUUUGUUGUUAACUGUGUUUUGUGAUGCAGGCAUCCAGACACACUGGUUAGCAAUGAGCAGCAGGGGAGACUGUUAUGUGGGGCUCCUGCUGGCCCUUGUAUUUUUGAUGUUUUUAUACUGCGUUGUGUGUGGCUGUUGGUCACUUGAGGUGAUUGUGCCUGUUCUGUUACAGUGGUGUGACACUGUGACGUGCUCGGUGUUUUAAACUCUCGGUGUUGACAGUAUUAGGAUCCGAGAUUGCUUUGUUUUUAUACUUUAUAUAAUAUUUGGUUUGAUAUAAACCUGUCUUUAUACUGUGUAAUAAUUAGUAAACAUUGGUCUAAUUUA